AUGGACUGGAUGCAGCCCCGUGACCAGCUACUACAUAAUUCAUCCCUUUCCACCGCUCCUUCCUUUAGACUUGUGGACGCCAACAACCGCGUGCGCGAGCUCACAGACCCGCUCAAGCGGCAGCUGAGAGCGUCUCACUCCUUCUGCCAGCCUCAGGCGAGUAAUGACGGACGAUCGGCUGCUGAGCUGGAGGAAGAGCGUCAGCUGGAACAGCAGUUGCAGGUGCAGAAGGAGGAAAUGUGCUUUAUCUCGCCGCUGCCACGCCAUGACGUUGGCAAACUCCGCGUGACCACCAAGUCGCACGCCUUCACGUACGGUGGCUCCAGAAGCUCGUCUAACCUGCACUCAACGCCUCCUCUAGCACCACCCGUGUCACCGUUCGCUAGUAUGGCUCUGUCGGCUCCGGCCGCGCCCAUCGGCAAGAUCCAUAAUCCGUUUCUCAGCGCCAAAAUGGAAAAAAACCCUCGUUUACCUUCGCUCGAUGCGAUGCGCAACUCGCCGAGUACGCACCUGAAGCCGCUGGGUAUAGCCUCACGGCCGUCCUCGCUCUCGCUGCACAGGUUCUCGGAUGUCUCGACGCUGUCGUCGUCGUCGCAGUCGGCAUCUCCAUCUCCAUCGCCCUCGCCGCUUCGUCAGCCUCAGUUGACGCAUCACUCGAACGGUUCACUGCGCUCACUGUCCAACACGUCGCUGUCGUCAGUGGCCUCUACGUCGCCGACACCGUACUCGCAGUCGCUUCCGGGCGUGUUUUUCCUGCAGGACAGGAGACGAUCCCGUAUGUCGUUCGACGAUUCCAACCGCAUGUCGAUUUCGUCGGAGGAUGAAGAAAGCGGCAUGCGUCUUCUCAGCUCGAGUGUAGGUCGCAGUGAAGGAAGCAGCGAUGCUAUGACGGCGGCGGCAAAUGCCGCGGCUCAGGCGGCACUUUACAAUAGUAAUGUCCGCGGUGGUCGUGUCUGCAGGUAUGCAAACUGCGGCAACAUCGCUCGAUCUCGUGGUCUGUGCCGUACACACGGUGGUGGCAAACGGUGUUCGCAUUCAAACUGUAACAAGAGCGCACAGGCGAACCGCAAGUGCAUCGCUCAUGGAGGUGGUACCCCCUGCUCGUACGAGGACUGUGAGAAGACGGCGCAGUCGCGCGGUCUGUGCAAAGCCCAUGGUGGUGGCGCUCGGUGCAAACAUCCUGACUGUCCCAAAAGUAGUCAGUCGAAGGGAUUGUGUCGCGGCCAUGGUGGUGGUAUUAAGUGUAAGGCUGAGGGCUGCGAAAAGUGGGUACAAAAGAAUGGGUAUUGCAUCAAGCAUGGUCGUGAAUGUACGAUGACCUCCUGA